GGCAGCAGCGGAGUAGAGGAGGAGAGCUGAGGGUCUCGGAGCGGGCCACCGUAGAUUGAUGAUUUGCAGCUCAUCAGCUGAUUGGCUCAUGUUAACAACCAAGCAUGGACUCUGAGGCCACGCCCUUGAACCGCAGGACUCAUCCCGAUUGGCCAUGGUAGCAGAGGGGCCGCCUCAUCCUAAGAUGGAGCAAUUGGACGAGCUGAGCUUAGGGGCGGGGCUUGAAGUAGCAGAGGAAGCAGGACGUGGUGAGGAUCCUGAACCGGCCAUGGUUCAGCCGCCGGACGCCAUGACGAUGGAACAGUGCUGGAGGCGACAGUUCCCGGACCGCCGGCGCUGCUCGGUCGUCCUUCUCAGGCUUCCUGCGGAGACGCUGCGGCUCUGGCGGCGGGGCGGUGCAGAGAGGAGGCGGAGCCAGCGGGUCAGGUCACGUGACCUGCGGUCCGGCUGGGACUGGAUGGAGCCGCUGGACCUGGAGAACGGCGGCGCCGGAACCCGAGACUUUGUCAAGAAGGUGGAGGUAAACGCCCGUGAAGAUGACCCUGGGAAACCCCAGAGCCUACUGCGACUGAAGCAACGCCUGGAGCCCUCCGACCCCGCCCACCCAGAUGAUGGUGCCGCCCUGGGUGAGCCGCCGCAGAGCGACCACACCUACUGCAUGGGCUUCAAUACACCUGAGAGCAGCAGCCAAUCACUGGAGGACAGGCCGCCGUCCCCAUUGUCCAGCUGGUCAAAAAGAGACGGGGACGGCCGCUGCUCACCUGCAGAGAAGAAGAAGAAGAAGAACGUGCCGAGUGUGGUGCUGAGGAAGGUGACAGGUGAUCAGUGGGUCCUCAGGACUGGAUCUGUUACAGACGAGGAAGUGGAGGAUGAUGAGAAAGUUCAGAUGAAGGACAAGAAGAGAGACGAGACGUCAGCAUCAAGACAGAAGAUGCGCCGCCAGGCCUGUCGGAGCUGCCCUGCGUGUCUGAGGGAGAACUGCGGCGUUUGCACGUUCUGCCGCGACAUGAGGAAGUUCGGCGGUCCGUCCCGCAUGAAGCAGAAGUGUGUGAGGCGGCGCUGCCUGCUGCUGAACGCCCAGAAACAGCCGACCAAGCAAGAGACCCGACCCGGAGACGACACGGUCUGUCCGGGCACCUGGCAGGACGGCGUCCGCCGCUGGAGACACGAGACGACGGCAGGAAGGCGAGAGGAGAUGAGGAAGAGGAUGUGGAUGAAGAGGAGGAAGAGGAAGAGGGGCGGAGCCUCCGAGACCCGGAACGGCUGGAUCGGUCCGCUGAUGAAGAGCGAGGAAGAGGAGACGCCAUUGUCCCACUGUCACCAGUUUCACUGGAACCAGUGGGACCAGUUCAACUCCGACUGGGACUCACCUGCAGUGGAACCUGACCCUGGACCGCGCCCACCUGUCCUCCGCCGUCCUCUCUGACUCCGCCCUCUCCUGUUUGUCUGGCCUGUUGCCUCAGGACGGAUCCAUCCUCCAAGUCUCCACAGGCCUCACCUUCAUCCCUCCUCCUCUGCCUCACCUUGCUGCCAUCCAAUCGCCAGAGGCGAAGGAGGAGGAGCAGCCAGUCAGCAUCGAGCUUUACGGCAGGGAGGCGGAGCUUUGGACCGGGACGUCUGAGGGGGGCAAGUUCUACGAAGUGGAGGUGGAGCUGCCGGACCCCGAGUCCGACCAGAAUGUA